AUGCAUCUGUUUGCUUCACGCUGGAGGAUGGCGCCGUCUCUUUCUCUCAUUUUGCUCACACCCUUUGUGUUAAAGGGUCUUUGGGUCAGCGCUUCUCCGGCUUGCGCGUCCUGCGGCUUCCCGCCGAUGGAGAAAGACGCGGAGGAGAGGCUGAUGGUAGAAUUCGCCAAACAGCAACUUUUGGACAAACUCCACCUGAAAGAGAGACCAAACAUCACUCAGACCGUGCCCCGGGCUGCGCUCCUCACCGCGCUGCGCAAACUGCACUCCGGCCGCGUCAGACAGGAUGGCACCCUGGAACUGGAAAACAGUGUACCAACCAAAGACCAAGGCUAUGAAAUAGUGAGCUUUGCAGAUACAAAUAACUCAGAGAGUGGGGACAAGGCCAGUCUUAGCCUUACCUUUCAGUUUCUGCAGGAACGAGGCAAGAGCAUCCAGGUCCUCCAGUCGUCCCUGUGGAUCUACGCCCACUCCUCUCAGGACCCUCACCGGAGCUCCCGUCUUCUUGCCCGGGUCUUCCUCUCUGCAGACGGAGAAAUGUCAGGCUCCAACCGCACCCUGGUGAUAGAAAAGAUGCUGGAAGUUCAGGAAAGCAACUGGCACACGUUCCCCAUCACCCACACACUGCAGGCGUUCUUGGAUGGAGGCGACCGGCGGCUGCGGCUCGAGGUCAGUUGUGAAGAAGACGGGAAGAAUCUUUGCUCACUGGAUGGCUCUGCUGGCACGUCCAACCAGCCUUUCCUGGUGGCUCAGGUACGUCUACGUGACGACCACACCAAACACUCAAUCAGGAAGCGAUCCUUGCGUUGUGGUGAACAGGUAACAGUCUGCUGCAAAAAAGACUUUUACAUCAAGUUCAAGGAUAUCCAGUGGGAUGAGUGGAUAAUUGCACCUAAGGGCUACCACAUGAACUAUUGCAUGGGCCAGUGUCCUCAACAUCUGUCUGGUUCUCCAGGCAUAGCGUCCUCAUUCCACGCCGCCGUCUUCAGCCAGCUCAAAGUCAAUGGCAUCAACACGGCCACAACAUCGUGCUGCAUUCCCACCGAGCGCCGGCCUCUCUCCAUGGUCUACUUCGACUCUCAGCACAGUAUUGUCAAAACAGACGUCCCUGACAUGAUAGUGGAGUCCUGUGGAUGCACAUAA